GCCAUUGCAUACACACAGUAACGUUAGGCCAGCGCCAGACAUGUGUUCAAAGGUGUGAUCAAAUAAGUGUUCACAUGUGUGGCACGGGCAUUUCAUACUAUUGUCACAUAUUUGAUCACUUGAGUGCGCUUUGCCGUUCCGGGUCGGUUUUCUAGCUUACAUCAAAGGGAUCACAGUCCAAAUGUUUGUGUGCCUGCCACACUUGGGUGAAGGCCAGUUGCAUGUGUGUCGCCGUGGAGAGCUGUUGUAUUGUGGUUGUAUCAACAAUGGAAUGUAGCAACGAGCGCGUGAUUGAGUUUAUUGAGUUGAUUCAAGGAGAGCCAGACAUAUGGGAUCCAAAACGUAAAGGGCUUAACAUUCAUGACGCCUGGAACCGAAUUCGACACAACUUUUCAAUGCCUUGCACUAUAGAAGAAUUGAAGAGAAAAAGGAACACAUUACUGACACAGUACAGAGAUUGUUUAAAAAAAUUAAAGGACUCAACAAAAACCGGAUCUGGUGUGGAGGAUAUUUACAAACCUUCAUGGUUUGAUUUGAUCCCCUGUGACACUUUCUACUGAGACUAUGCUAAAUAAAGGUUAGAAACAACUAACUGUAAAUUGUCUUCCGCUGUUAUUGAAAUCAAAAAUAAAUCAUCAGUAGCUUCCAAAAUGUUGUCGCUACAACAAUAUUUAGGCAGUAGUGACGAAGAAGUAGAAGACGCAGUAAAAGAAAAGCAGUCUGGCACAGAAACGAAACUAGAUUAUUUUGAAAAACCAAAAAGCGAAUAUUCCAUUGCCAGUAAACUAAAUGUAUGUGCUGCCCCAGUGGUCCUACCUACAGGUUUAGACGACGACAAAAGGCUUAUCCACCCUGACACUAAAGAACUAGCUUACAACCCAACUUACGAUGAACUAUUUGCUCCUGUGGUAGGACCUGUGAACCCAUUCAAGACACAGCAACAAAUUAUGGAACGCAACAUACUCUCUGGGUAUAUCGAACCUGCUCAUGUCAGUGAAUUUCAAUUUGAAAAUCAGCGUAGAACAUUUGCAAGCUAUGGGUAUGCUUUAGACCCUUCAGUUAGUGAAACUGGGCAGACUGGAGUCGUGGGAUCUACAGAUGAAGGAAAAAAUCCAGAUGCUAUCAAGACAGUAUUUGAGCAUUCUAAAACAAGGCCUUUGGAUAAGCGAAAACGUAAAAAGAAUGAUAACCCUGGUGAUAUUGAGGGGUUUUUGGGACCGUGGGGUGGAUUUGUCGAUGAACAGAAAGUUGCAAAGCCUACUGAGGAGGAGCAAGCUGAACUGGAUGAGUUGACAUCCAAAAAGAGCAAGCGAGGUAGACAAAGUGAGGAGAAACCAAUUGAGGAGAAGUCAGUUCUUCACAUCAAGGAUCCAGUGGAUUACCAGGGCAGGUCAUUUCUGCAUCCACCUCAAGAUGUUGGAGUUAACCUUAAAUCUGAUACCCCACCUGAGAAAUGUUUCUUGCCGAAAUCACAUAUACAUACUUGGACUGGCCAUUCCAAAGGUGUUGCAGCAAUCAGAUGGUAUCCAAAGACUGCCCACCUAUUUUUGUCUGCAAGUAUGGAUUGUCGCAUAAAAUUAUGGGAAGUUUACAAUGAAAGGAGGUGUAUACGGACAUACUAUGGACAUAGACAAGCAGUUAGGGAUAUAAAUUUCAACAAUUCAGGAAAACAGUUUUUGUCUGCAGGUUAUGAUAGGUACAUCAAAUUAUGGGACACUGAGACAGGACAAGUAAUAUCCCGAUUCACCAGUAGAAAAAUCCCCUACUGUGUCAAAUUCAACCCAGAAAAAACUAAACAACAUCUUUUUGUUGCCGGCACCUCUGACAAGAAAAUCAUCUGUUGGGACACAAGAUCUGGCGAUAUAGUUCAAGAGUAUGAUAGGCAUUUAGGUGCUGUCAACUCGAUAACAUUUGUGGAUGACAAUAGGAGAUUUGUCACCACAUCAGAUGAUAAGUCUUUAAGGGUUUGGGAAUGGGAUAUUCCAGUAGAUAUGAAGUAUAUUGCUGAUCCAACGAUGCAUAGUAUGCCAGCUGUUACAUUGUCUCCAAAUGCAAAAUGGCUGGCUUGUCAGAGCAUGGACAACAAAAUAGUGAUAUUCUCAGCGAUGAACCGUUUCAAGAUAAACCGAAAGAAGACCUUCACGGGUCACAUGGUAGCAGGAUACGCAUGCUCUUUAGACUUUUCCCCAGACAUGAGCUAUUUGGUGUCAGGAGAUGCAGAUGGAAAAUGCUACAUUUGGGACUGGAAGACGACGAAGUUGUACAAAAAAUGGAAAGCGCACGAUAACGUCUGCGCCAGCGUUUUGUGGCAUCCGCACGAGCCCAGCAAGUUGAUCACUGCUGGGUGGGAUGGAGUCAUCAAAUAUUGGGAUUGAGAUCGUUUUAUUUUCAUUGUAAAUACACCUUUAUUUUGUUAUAUGACUAAAUAUAUGAUGAUGUAAAUAAGUUUUUCUAAAUAAAAUUCGUCUAAGG